AAGAGGCAAAAAUAGGGACAGUGAUUUACCAGGGACAGAUUUCAGAAAAUAGGGCCUAUAUGAUCACAUACAGCAGCGUGUGGAACUGCACUCCGAGUCUUAGCUCCUUAGCCUGGCACUCUAGUGUGGAUGUGAAGGAUACACAGUUUAAUUCUGGUUUUUACUCACAUAAAAAUCUGGCAACUGGCCCAGAGGUAAAAAACCAGCCAGGCCAGUUUCUUUCUGGCUGGUUGGCAACUAUUCUUCUCUUUGGGGAGGGCUGUGAUGUAGCCAGCUCACACACACCAGGGUCUUGGAACCUGAUUUCAGCGUAGUGUGACCGUUUCAAAAUCCGCUGCAUACCAGUAAAGCCCGUGGAAAAUGUACUGCAGGCAGAACCAUACGAACCUUGGUACAAACCAGAAGAUACAAACAACAACAAGAUGACAGAAGUUUUAAAAACCAUGAGUAGUGCGGAAAAAGUUUAAAAGAAUAUAUUGACCAACAUUCUGCGCAGUGGUAAACUGGAAUUAGUGACCUGCUGGGGCUGCCCCAUAGCAUUGCACAAUGGAAGCUGUGCUGUGUAACUGCAUGGACACUGUUUUAAAUAAUAAAAGUAGCAUAAAAAACAAAAUAGCAGGAUAGAAAUACCAGACAGGACUAGACUAUAUUAAAUCCAGAAACCCAACUAAAACCAGUGUGGUAGUAGUGUAGUGGUUAGAGUGCUGGACUAGGACCGGGGAGCCCCGAGCAAAUCCCCAUUCAGCCAUGAGACUUGCUGUGUGACUCUGGGCCAGUCACUUCUCUCUCAGCCUAACCUACUUCACAGGGUUGUUGUGAGGAGAAACUUAAGUAUGUAGUACACCGCUCUGGACUCCUUGGAGAAAGAGCAGGAUAUAAAAUGAAAAAUAAUAAUCAUAAUAAUAACCAGAGAGGGUUGCCAUCAGCCCCCCAGGAUCGGCCCUGGCAUCUCCAGGAAUCAGCAUUGGUCUGCCGAUGACGACUGAAAGCAAUCAUGGAGAUGCUGAUGGGUUGAUACUAUGAAAAAAUACCGGAGAGAAAAGUCUCCAGGAAUAGCUUCAGUCAGACUCGACAACCCUCCUGGGGGGAAAGGUGGCAACUCUGUUCUGUGUUCAAAAAGAAGGUGGCCUUGCCAGCCAGCCGGGCCUGAGGAAUGCUUUCAGAGUGGGAAGCUGGCCUUGAGGCCUAAAACAGAGGGUGGGGUGUGUGGAGAGACGCUUGCCUCAGCUGCCCAGCGGCCCACCCAGGCACCCUGCUUCUGAAGGGACUGUGGGAGACAAUGUGUGUGGCUGUAGCCAGUUGGUUUGUUUUAAAAGCCGACAUCUGUGGGCGAUAUUUUCCGUCACAGCCUGGAACCAGUUCCUGCCUUUGUCCUAUUGUGAGAGCCCAGACGGGGCCCUCUUUCCAAGCCCACGCGGCACACGGCCUCCUUUCCUGCCAGCGACACCCUACGGUUUCAACACACAACUCCCCCCCACACACACACACCCCCAAUGUCCUGGCCCAGUGGGGUGGGGGCUCUCCCAGGACGCCCCUCAAUUCCAGCCUGGUGACCUCCCUGAGCGUGACAAUGAGCGAGCCUGUUCUGUGGGGGGUGAGGAAUCCACGGAGGGUGGAGGGGACAAUGCGGCCCUGUCUGGGGCACUCGCCUCGUUGGCGGGUUUGGGGUCAGGGGGGCUGUGACUCAUGCCAGGGGACGAAAUGUCAGGGGGCAUCGGGCAGAGGUGGGUGGGGGCUCGGCUGUGCCCUGCUGUUCCAGGGGUACGUGGAGGCCGGCCAAGAGAGGUGGGGACUUGGCCGUCUCAGUUCUCACAGCGUCAGCCUGGCUGGGAGAGAGACGGCCAGAUUCGGCAGCCGUCAGGUCGGGACUUUGAGGACAGCCAGCAUCACAGUCAGCAAGUCGGCCCCAAAGCUGAGCGAGGAUAAGAAACAGGUUGUGGGAUUUUGAAACCACCACCCCCCAUUAUGGGGAGGUCGGGAGUUGCUCCCACAGCCUUCCUCUGUGGGGGGCUCCUAAUUGUCUUCCUCCUAAGGGCGACAUCUGGACAGACCAAGGAGUCGGAGAGCCGGGUGUGCGCCCGACGCAUGUUGCGAAUCCCCUUUGUCUACAAUGAGACCUAUGCCAAGCCCCAGCAUCAGCCCUACCUGACGCUGUGCCCUGGACCCCGGGUAUGCAGUACCUACAGGACUACUUAUCGGGUGGCCACACGGCAUGUACGGAAAGAGAUCUUACAGGCCAACGUCAUCUGCUGCCAAGGUUGGAAGAAACGGCACGCAGGGGACACAAAGUGCGAGGAGGCUGUUUGCCACAAGCCAUGCCAAAAUGGAGGCAUCUGUGCUCAGCCAAACCAGUGCCAGUGCCAACCAGGCUGGGGUGGACGCUAUUGUCAUGUUGAUGUGGAUGAGUGCCGCGCACCCGUCGCCCUCUGUGCGCAACGCUGUAUUAACACUGCAGGGAGUUUCCAUUGCCAGUGUGACCCUGGCUUUGCCCUGGAGCCAGACGGCAAGAGCUGCCGGCCACUUCCCACGGCCCAGACUGCCCCUUUGCUUGGCAGCAAAGUGCAAACUCUGGAGACAGAGAAGAGGAUUUCCAAUGAGAUCCAAGAGCUUCAAGAAAAGCUGGAGCGGCUGGAAGAGCAACUGGAGCGCGUCCUUUCCAUCUUGCCACCCCCACUGGAACCCACUCAAUUGAAAGAGCUGUGGGGUCGCCUUCGCUACCUUGAUCAAGUGGAAUCGCUCAGCGAUCAGCUCCUUUUUCUUGAAGAAAAACUGGGAGACUGUGCCUGUCAGAAUGGGAAAAAUGGCUUUGGCUAUGACAUCGCCCGGUGAGACCUACUUCUUGGACUCACAUGGGAUUACUAGCAACCGAGCCGGCCUGAUGACUCCUGACCCCAUGCCGGUGAUUGCUGCUUGGAGCUCUUCUUAAUAUCUUCUCCCUUAUUUAUGCUGAUGGGCAUGAAUACUGGGUUAAAAGCAAAAGAGCAAGGUUAUACUGUUUAAAGGAUUAACCAUGUGUUAAGAUUUGCUGGAAGCAAGCUUUUGACUUAAGUGUUUUUCUUUAGGCAUUCAAAGUCAAAUUACUGGGCAUGAUCUAGCCGCAGUUGAGCAAUUCUAAUAAUAAUAAUAAUAAUAAUAAUAAUAAUAAUAAUAAUAAUAAUAAUAAUAAACUAUUUAUUGGCCACCCCACAACAAAUUGUUCUCUGGGUGGCUCACAACACAACAUUAAAACAUCCAAUAAAAAACACACAUUAAGGCAUAACAGACCAAAUGGUCUUUUAAUUCCUCUUAAUUGUAAUUUGAGAGAUGCAAACAUGUGCUUCGCUCUUUCAGUGAACUAAAUGGGACUUAAAUGGGCUGUGGUUGGAUUAUGCCCAUUUUAAACGUGGUGCUAUGGCCUGCCUAGGCUGUUCAUAUUUCUAUGCCUUUUUUCCUGCACAUAUUUUCUAUUCCUCCCCCCGCCACUCUCUAUUUCUAAGUUACAAUAUAAAGUCUAAAGCAUAUUUCCAUUCUUUUAAAAAUGGAACCAGUUUAAAAACCAGAUUAACUUCUGGCUUUUGGACUGCAAUUCCCAUGAUCCCCAGCCACAAUGGCCAAAGACUGUGAGAUGCCGGGAGCUGUACGUAGUCCAAAAACAAGUUACCCAAGACUGUAUAUUUCUUUGCUAACGUCUUCCUUUAGUUGCUUAAAUGGUCUUUGUCAGCUUGUUUCCUGUGGGUUGUGUGAACUCAUCUUCCUGAAAAAGUCAGACAGUCAGGGGCAUAGCAUCCAUUAAACAAGCAGGGGCAAAUGUCACUGGGUCCAAUGGGUCAGGGGGGCCCCAAGGAGACCACCCCGCUGCCCCCCUGCCCCCCCGCUUCUUCUCUUGGCCUCCGGCUCCAAGGAGUGGGGGGAGAUCAAGUGGGACAGGUGGCAGGCGCAGCGACAGCAGGCCUCUCCACUCUGGCCGAACUGUGCGCUUGCGCAGUUCGGCUAUGGACGUUGCAUGUAACGCCCAUUGUUGAACUGUGGAGGCGCACAGUUUGGCCAGAGAGGAGAGGCCUGCCGCUGCACUCGCUGUCUGUUCCGCUCGGAUCACCCCCCACACCCCUGGAGCCGGAGGCCAAGGUAAGUGGCAGCGGCGGGGAAGGAGCAGCGGUGGCGGCAGCGGGGUGAGACAGGGGCGGCGGUGGAGAGGUGUUGGCUGCCCCACCCCUUACGUCUGAUGUCAGAAGCAGGGUGUGUGGCUGGGGGUGCACAAUGGAAGCCGACCCUGGUUUUGUCCCCUGGCCCCCAGGGGUCUUGCUACGCCCCUGCAGAAAGCCUAUAAUCCAACUAACCAUCUUCAAAUCCUUCCAUUCCUUUGCUUUGAAAAACACUCCAUUCUUAAGUUAA